CUCUUUUGAGCUCAGUAGCUGUCACUACACUAGCGGAACCGUUCCGUUUUUUUCUCCACUCGUAUGAAGUAGUUUCCGGGCGACAGGGUACCAGCAGUAAACAUGGCGGAGGACCUGCUGGAAACAGUGGAUAGACUUCAGUCCCGGCUCCUGGAGAACCCGGAGCCUCGAAAGCUGCUGAAGACUUUGAAAAGACUGGGGGAACUUCCCAUGACAGUGGACAUACUGGUGGAAACUGGAGUGGGGAAGACUGUGAAUUCUUUUAGGAAACACCAACUUGCUGGAGAGGUGGCAAAAGGCCUGGUUGGCAAAUGGAAGAAACUGGUUCCUCAGUCUACAGAGAAACCCACCAACAGCCACGUCAAUGAGGCUCCACGCUCACACAAUAACUCUGAAGCCCCGGAGGCAGGAGGAGGCCACAGACGCACCCGGGAGCCCUCCCCUGAGGAAGAGCCCUCCUACAUGGAAGAAGAAGAAGAAGAGGAGGAGGAGGAGGAGGAGGAGAGAGGCUAUCACACAAACUACUCGCCCUCUCCUCCUCACCAGGAGCAGUACACCCCUCCACGGCGGGGAGGCUACCAGUCAGACGAAUACGAAAGCCCGGAGCACGAACCUGAACCUGAACCCGAGCAUGAGCCGAGUCCUCCUCCUCCUCCUCUUCGCAAAGAUGUCCGCCACGUCAAACCAAACAAAGAACCAAUCAAAAACCACCAUCACGGUUCCCACAGCGACAGAAACAGGGACAGAGACGAGGAGCGGCGGCAACGCCAUGCAGAUAUGAGUAGUGAGCGAGGAGGAGGAGAAGGCGAUGAAGGGAAGAAACGCAGCGCUGACAGAGAGCGACAGCAGAGUCCGGUACAGAAGUCUGCGAAGCACAGCAGGAAGUCCACCACACAUGAGGGCAAGAGGGAGGAGAAGAAGAAAGGAGGAGAUGACGGGCAACCGCGGGCGCUGAAGGACUCUCCGCCCAAAGAGGAAGAGGAUGACUUUGAGACUCCCCCCAUGUCCUUUGAGUCUUUCCUCACAUAUGACGCCCCAACGCCCGUCAAAAAGAAGAAGAAGAAGCCCUCAUCAUCCUCAGCCUCCUCACACAGGCGACCAUCCCACUCUUCCUCCACGUCGUCCUCCCAUCGCUCACGCUCCCCUCCCCCCGCCCCCAUCUCUUCCUCCUCUUCAUCAAAAGGGAGCAAGGCUAACGGCACACAGAGCACCAAGAGGCCACACUCAGGCUCGGUUCCAACGGAAAAACGCAAGAGGGUGGUUGAGAUCCCUGCACUUCUCCCUGAGAUUCCUCUGCCAGCGAUUCAGCCCAACUACAGACCUCUGCCCUCCCUCGACGUCACCCCGCUGUCCCCUCAGAGACGGAAAGUUCCUGUCUGCAAUGACGAAGAGGAUUCCGGCUUCACAGGGAAGAGAUUCAACUCUAAGAUGGUGGUCUACUCUGGAUCAAAGACCGCCUACCUGCCCAGGAUGAUGACUCUGUACGAGCAGUGCAUCCGCGUGCUGCAGAACAACAUCGACUCCAUUGCUGAGGUUGGAGGAGUGCCCUUUGAGAUCCUGGAGCCAGUGCUGGAGCGAUGCACACCUGAGCAGCUGUACCGCAUCGAGCAGAGCAACCAGUGGUUUACUGAGGAGUCCGACGAGCUGUGGAUGCGUCACUGUCAGCGCGACUUUAAGCGCGAGUCUCCUCAGGAAUACGAGUCGUGGAGGGAAAUGUACCUAAGGCUGCACGAUGAGCGCGAGGAGCGCUUCAGGAUGCUCACCCAGAACAUCUCAUCCGCCCACGCCAACAAGCCAAAAGGGCGGCAGGUAAAGAUGGCGUUUGUGAAUUCUGUCGCCAAGCCACCGCGUGACGUCCGCCGCCGCCAGGAGAAGUUCGGCACCAUCAGCGGUUCUUCAGCCUCCUCCACCGCAGCAGCUGCACCCAUUAAAAUAAGACCAGCCACCAUAAACUACUCUGGAGAAUCGAUGCGCUCCUCUUCCUCCCAAUUUAACCCUUCUGCCAGCAGUGCGUCCCGCUCCUCAGCAGCAGCAGCUGCAGCAGGUGGUGGAGGAGGAGGAGGAGCAGGACCUGCUGCCAAGGACAAGCCACAGGUCAAAAAAAUCGCCCCAAUGAUGGCCAAAACUAUCAAAGCUUUCAAGAACAGAUUCUCCCGCCGAUAGUGUGAAAGAGACUGAAUGUAUUUUAUCAAUUCCAACUGUGUUUUUAAUUUUAUAUUUAAGUUGAGCAACAUUUUAAUGAAGACUCCUGCACACACACAUACAUGUUAACGCACACACAGACACACAUAUGGAAGCACAGACAUGCACACCAUCUCUACCCACCAAACAUAUCAUAGGAACUUUCAGUAUUGGUUAUGAAAUGGUUAGUUUUUUUAUUGAAAUGAUCGUCAAUAGGUUUGACAUUUGUGUGAAAACGUCACCAUCGUUUUACCAAACGCAAAGGACACACACAAACCCGCACCUGCAAACACAGUCUGUUACUUUUUCUUGUUUUCCAACAACCUUUUUAAAAGGAAUAGCUCCACUCUUUUUGGGAAACACUAUUUUUGCUAGUUAACAAAAAGAUUGAUACCGGUCAUGACUGUAUGUUAAAUAUGAAGCAAGAACCCGGAGAGGGUUAGUCUAACUUAGCGGGCUUACUGGAAACGGGUCGGACACAGCUAGCCUUGCUCUUUACAAAGAUAGUAAAGUUAGUAAGAAUCUACACAUUUUUGUACAUAUUGAAAAACUGAGAAACCUAUUAAACACUAUGCGUUAUAUGUGUUGGUAGGGUUUUGCUAACAUGCUAGCGUUUUUUUCCUGUUUCCAGUCUUUAUGCUAAGUUAGCCAGCUAUUGGCUUUAGCUUCACAGUUUAGCAUACACAUCACAUGCGGGAGUGGAAUAAUCUUCUUACGUAACAAAAAUUAGCAUUCUCCUUCAACUAAAAUAGCAAGCUAUUCUUCAUGGGACAGAAAACAAUACUGAUUCUUAGAUGUUUAAAGAUUAGCUGUUUGUUACUUUUAAUCUUGAUCAAAUGGUACACUACAUGAGGAAAAACUUUACAUACCUUUUUUAAAUCUUAAUGGCAUGCAUGAUGCACGUCAGCCGAGAGAAAAACUGGCUUGUGAAAGACCCUGCUUUUUGAAAUCAAACAAACACAUGUAUAUUUAAAUGUUUCUUUAUGUGUAGGGCUUAAAUGAUAUCAAUCAACUACCCACACAAACACACACAUAUUGUAGACUUAUUGUUAACCCUCCUGUGGCUUCAGAUCAUGUUUUCCUGCUGUUGAAUGUGUGUGUCCCUGUUGUUUAUAUCUGCUUCACUGUGACGAAUAGCUUGAGUGGGAGCUGAAGAGACUGCAGGAGAACGAGAAGAACAAGCAAACACAACAACGGGGAAAUUAGUUAAUAGGACGUCUGCAGCUUCAGUUUCUACAACAUGAUGAUGAGAUGUAUUUAUUUUCAACACUGGGACCUGGUACCCCACAACAUGGGCCCGAAUGGAAUUAGAUUAAAAAUUGCAAUUUUAUUAGAUUUUAAUAAAUGUUAUAUGGUCAUUUUUAUUAAAAUUGACUUUUGCCCUUCA